AAAGAAGAGGGACGUGGCAGUAAAGAGAGAGAAUCUAUUUCCGGUAGAGAGAUCUCGAUAUCGACAGAAGAAGAAGAAGCUAUCAGAAACGAAACUACUCCAUCAGUUUCUCUGUUUUGUCUUUCUGCUCCUUCACACCUCCAAAAGUCAAACUAGCUCUUUUUGAAAAUUUAGAGUCUUUUAUUAUUUUUUUGUCGGUCAGGAUGAUAGGCCGGAUCCUCGCCGAAAUCAUGGAGAGUCGGGCGGUGGGUGCAGCAGGUGACUCAGUUCUGGGUACAAUCAAAAUCGCCGUCAUGCCUAUAGCUAAAGUGUUCACUAUGUGCUUCUUGGGUCUUCUCAUGGCUUCUAAGUACGUCAAUAUCUUGCCUCCCUCUGGCCGCAAGCUCUUGAACGGGUUGGUCUUCUCGCUUUUGCUUCCCUGCUUGAUCUUCUCCCAGCUCGGACAAGCUGUUACUCUCCAGAAGAUGCUUCAAUGGUGGUUCAUUCCGGUGAACGUUGUUCUUGGUACAAUCUCAGGGUCGUUAAUUGGCUUACUUGUUGCCACCAUUGUUCGUCCUCCUUACCCUUAUUUCAAGUUCACCAUCAUACAAAUCGGAGUUGGUAAUAUUGGUAAUGUUCCUCUUGUGUUACUAGCGGCUCUCUGUAGGGACACUUCCAACCCCUUUGGUGACUCUGAAAAAUGCAGCAUUGAUGGCACUGCUUACAUCUCUUUUGGUCAAUGGGUUGGUGCUAUCAUCCUCUACACAUAUGUGUACCAGAUGUUAGCUCCUCCUCCUGAAGGGUUUGAUGGUGAACAAGAUAACCUUCCUUUAAAAAACCUUCCACUAGAUUCCCCUGCUCCAGAGCAAGUCCCCUUGCUUACUCAAACUCACGCUAAGGACGUUUCACCUGCUCGAGUUCACCUCCCUGUACAGAACACCGAGCCUAAAGCAAGAGUAGAUUCAAGGAAAAGCAAGAUUACACAGAUCCUUGUUUUCCUCUAUGAGAAGUUGAAACUGAAGCAAAUUAUCCAACCUGCAAUAGUUGCUUCAAUUCUUGCCAUGAUACUUGGUGCAAUACCAUUCACCAAGAAGUUGAUCUUCACAAACGGUGCACCUCUUUUCUUCUUCACAGAUAGCUGCAUGAUUCUUGGGGACGCCAUGAUACCAUGUAUACUGCUGGCACUUGGUGGGAAUCUCAUCAACGGACCAGGAAGUUCAAGACUUGGUUUCAAGACAACAGCGGCGAUUAUAUUUGGACGGUUGGUGUUGGUGCCACCGGUAGGACUAGGGAUAGUGACAUUAGCAGACAGACUUGGGUUCCUUCCAGCUGGUGACAAGAUGUUCAAGUUUGUGUUGCUCUUACAGCACACAAUGCCUACCUCUGUGCUGUCUGGAGCUGUUGCUAACCUUAGAGGCUGUGGAAGAGAAUCGGCUGCUGUGCUCUUCUGGGUUCACAUUUUCGCCAUCUUCUCAAUGGCUGGAUGGAUGGUGCUGUAUAUCAACAUACUCUUCUAAACACAUCCUGCUUCUCCCACAUUCAUCUCACACUAUGCUGUAAAUACAAGGGCAUCUUCAUAUGUGCCUCAACCACCCUAAGAUUAGUUUUUUUUUUCUUUUACUUUCUUGUGUAAAUGUGAGUUUAUAACUCUUACCGACUACUGCAACAUGAACUGAGAACCCUUUCUUUUCUCUGAAUAAAUUAAAAAUUAUAUAA